CAAUGGGGUGGCUGAGCUUGGUGUGAAGUCAAGUGGGUGGGGGUGGGGCUUCAUGCCAUUGACUGGUUGGUUGCUAGGCAACUUGGUAAACUGAAGGGGGAAACCUGUUUGAAAUCUCACUCCCAAGGUGGGGGCAGCAGGGGUCAGGGUGAGCCAGGCUGAGCAGAAGCUGGGUCAGACUGUUGGGUGUGACCGUGUGAGACUGUGCAGACAGUGACAGGGUGACCGUCACCUAAAUUCCACACUGUUUGCCAUGUUCCAGCAGCACAGGGACCAUUACUCAGCUCUGAGGGGAGCAGGAACCUGUCCCUCCCCUCCCCAGGGCUCUCCAGGAGGCAGACAACCCAGUUGCCAGAGUCAAGGACACACGAAAGAGUAAACGUGUCAAAAAAUAUACAGUCGUCACCUUUGGUAUUGCCGUUAGAUGCAGGGCAUGGCAAGGGUCUUAUUCAGCAGCUGUCGCUGGGCUUGUUUCCCCAUUUGUCUGUUCUGUCUUUGGGGGUGGGGGACGAGUGUGUCAUUUGAAGCAGUGACUCCUCCCUCCUCCCCCCAACACCUUCCCAAACACUGAGAAUGGGGGGCCUUUGAAGAGAUACCGCCAGCAGGGGAUGUGAUUUUGGACCUCACAAAGGGAAGGGAGGAAAGGCCUGUGGAGGCUUGAGAGAGGAGAGGAAUGUCACCCCUGCCCAGAGGUGCUGAAAGCCAGGGCUCUUACCCCCGAAAAGGCAACUCCUCCCUUCCCCCAGGAUAAUUGGAAACAGCCCUUCCUGCGGCAGUGCCGAUUUGGGGUUGUAGGUAUGCCCCUGCCUCUCCAAGCCCGGCUUCUCCCCCCAGCCAUCUAGGAAAGGCCCAAGUGUAUCCCCUAAACUCCUGUCCCACUAACCCCCAGGUUAACAGCACACGGUAGGUCCAUGGAGUGGUGACAAAAGAGACCCCAGUAGUGGGAGUUGAACAGCCUGGGUUUGGUCUCUAGCUUUAUCCUAGACUUCCUGUGUGACCUUGGGCAAGUCAUGGGGGUCUCCCUGAGCCUCAGUUUCCUCAUCACUGCAAUGGGAUCGUUAGCUCUGCCCCUGCCACUUCACACAGGUAGUCGUGACGAUCAGCUCCGCCGCACUUUGUAAAUUGCCAAGCCGUCAAGGUUAUUAUUAUUCUCUCCAGACCUGCCGGGAGCAGCGGUGUUGUUUUGGGACGGAGGAGGAUGCAGGAGCACAAGGGGUGGGUUCCUCUGGGUGGAGAGGGCGAGAGCCUUUCUGGAUUCGAGAGAGGAAGAUUCCAGCAGCUUGGGCAAUUGGAGGGCAGGAGGGGAGACGGGCAGAACUCAGCCGGAGCCAGAGGCUCGGAGAGACAAAGGGGGCGUGAGAGCCCGCGCCGGGGGCUGAGGCGGGGCGGCGGGCGGGAGGUGCGCGAGGUGAGGGAGGUGUGGGGGGCGUGGGCCGCGGGAUGCUGCCGCCCGCUCCGCCUCGAGCUCCAGCUCCGGUUUUUCCCUCCACCAUCCUCUCCCCCUCCCCGCCUCUCCUUUAACUCCCCCCUCCUGGGCUCGGGACUGGUUUCCUCCCUUAGCCCGCUGCCCUCAAUCCCGGCGAGGCUGGGGCUCCGGCUCAGCGCCCCCUUCCUCGCUCCGUGGUCCGACGCCCCAUGCCGCCCCCGCCCAGACCCCGGCUCCCCCAGUCCCCCACUUAGGCGGGCUCACAGAUCCCGGGGUGCUGGCGCGUGGGCCGGGGGCGCGUAGGGCGCCUGCAGACGGCCCCUGGAAGGGCUCUGGUGGGACUGAGCGCUCUGCUGCGGGGGCGCGGGCACAGCAAGAGGCAGGUCCGCGUGGGCGCUGGGGGCAUCAGCCACCGGGGUGGUCCGGGCUGAAGAGUCAGGCAGCCAAGGCAGCCACCCCAAGGGGUGAGCGACUUUGGGGGAGUUGGUGCCCCGCCCCCCAGGCCUUGGCGGGGUCAUGGGGCCCCCCCAUUCUGGGCCGGGGGGCGUGCGAAUCGGGGCCCUGCUGCUGCUGGGCGUUUUGGGGCUGGUGUCUGGGCUCAGUCUGGAACCUGUCUACUGGAACUCGGCGAAUAAGAGACAGGUGAUCUUGGGAGCCAGACUCCGGGUCCCAUGCAGAGCUGGAUGCAGGUGGUGCUAUGGAUGUGUCAGGAGUUUGGAGACCCCGAAGGGGCAAGGAGAAGAAAGUUCAUGGGUAGCCAGGAGGGCAGUGAGGUUCCAGGCAGAGGGUGGUUAUGUACUCUACCCUCAGAUCGGGGACCGGCUAGACCUGCUCUGCCCCCGGGCCCGGCCUCCUGGCCCCCACUCCUCUCCUAAUUAUGAGUUCUACAAGCUGUACCUGGUAGGGGGUGCCCAGGGCCGGCGCUGUGAGGCACCCCCUGCUCCAAACCUCCUUCUCACUUGUGAUCGGCCAGACCUGGAUCUCCGCUUCACCAUCAAGUUCCAGGAGUACAGCCCUAACCUUUGGGGCCACGAGUUCCGCUCACACCACGAUUACUACAUCAUUGCCACAUCCGAUGGGACCCGGGAGGGCCUGGAGAGCCUGCAGGGAGGCGUAUGCCUAACCAGAGGCAUGAAGGUGCUUCUCCGAGUGGGACAAAGUCCCCAAGGAGGGGCUGCUCCCCGAAAACCUGUGUCUGAAAUACCCAUGGAAAGAGACCGAGGGGCAGCCCACAGCCUGGAGCCUGGGAAGGAGAAUGUGCCAGGUGACCCCACCAGCAAUGCAACCUCUCGGGGUGCUGAAGGCCCCCUGCCCCCUCCCAGCAUGCCCGCAGUGGCUGGGGCAGCAGGGGGGCUGGCGCUGCUCUUGCUGGGCGUGGCAGGGGCUGGGGGUGCCAUGUGUUGGCGGAGACGGCGGGCCAAGCCUUCGGAGAGUCGCCACCCUGGUCCUGGCUCCUUCGGGAGGGGAGGGUCUCUGGGCCUGGGAGGUGGAGGUGGGCUGGGACCUCGGGAGGCUGAGCCUGGGGAGCUAGGGAUAGCUCUGCGGGGUGGCGGGGCUGCCGAUCCCCCGUUCUGUCCCCACUAUGAGAAGGUGAGCGGUGAUUAUGGGCAUCCUGUGUAUAUAGUGCAGGAUGGGCCCCCCCAGAGCCCUCCAAAUAUCUACUACAAGGUAUGAGGGCUCCCCCCAUGUGGCUCUCCUGGAUCCAGCCCUUCUUAGGGUGCUCCUCCAGUUUAAUUCCUGGUUUGAGGGACACCCCUAACAUCUCCUCGGCCCCCUGUGCCCUACCAGCCCCUUCGCUCCUCCCCACUGCUGUCCUCGUGUCCACUUUCAGGAUUCCUUAGGAUUCUCACUGUACCACCUCCUGCCCUCCCGUUUGGCCAUGGGUGCUCCCCUCUGUCUCAGUGUCCCUCGGUCCUAUUCCCUUGGGGAGGGGCCCAGGCUCAGCCUCCUCUCUGACUGUGACCCAGGCAUCCUUGUCCCCCAACCCACCCAGAGCUAGGGGCGGGAACAGUCCACCAUGUGGUUGGCACCGCUUCUUCCUGCUUCUCACUGGUUUUCUCCUUUCUCUAUCUCUUAUUCUUUCCCUCUCUUCUGUCUCUAGGUCUGUUCUUCCCUAGCAUCCUCCUCCCCACAUCUCCUUUCACCCUCUUGGCUUCUUAUCCUGUGCCUCUCCCAUCUCCCGGGCAGGGGCAUCAAAGCACUUCUCCCCUUAGCUUUCAGCCCCCUUCCGACCUCUCAUACCAACCACUCCCCUCAGUCUGUCAAAAAUGGGGGCCUUAUGGGGAAGGCUCUGGCACUCCACCCCAGCUCAGGGCAUGGCAGCAGGGCUCCCUUCUCUGCCUUGGCCCAGGCCUUUACAUACUUACUCCAGCCAUUUGGGGUGGUUGGGUCAUGACAGCUACCAUGAGAAGAAGUGUCCUGUUUUGUCCAGUGGCCAAUAGCAAGAUAUGAACCGGUCGGGACAUGUACGAACUUGGUCUGAUGCUGAAUGGGCCACUUGGGACAGGAAAUGACUUGCUCCAGACAAGAGGUGUCCAGGCCUGGACAGAAAUGGCCUGGGAAGUAGCAGAAGCAGUGCAGCAGGAACUGGAAGUGCCUUCAUCCAGGACAGGAAGUAGCACUUCUGAAAUAGGAAGUGGUCUGGCUGGAACACCAAGUGGCUUAGUCUGGGGGAUGCGGGGGGUGGGAGGUGGAUGGUUCUUGCUCUGUGGAGAAGAAGGGCGGGAAGAACUUCCUGUUUGAGGAGGAAGCUGGAACUUACUGACUGUAAGAGGACAGAGGUGGACCGAGAAGGACUUUCCCAGUAUUCAGUGGCACUUCCCAAGAUCUCCCUUUCCUUGUGCUCUGUGCUGAUUUUAGGACAGCUAAGAUGACUGCCAUGUGCCAUGGCAGGCCCAGUUUGUCUUGUUCUUUCCUUUCCAUUAUCCCAGUAUAAUCUCUGUUAAUCAACAGGACUACCCCAAGAACCCAUGUGUUCUCCCCGAGUAACCCAGAUGGGUGUCUUGCUCAUUUCAUCCUCCAUUUCUGACUCCUUUCAGACUCAACACAGUUCCCUUCUUAGUAACCAAAAUGGUGGCCUACUGGCUGGUCUAGCUGACAGUGGUACUUAGCGAAGGCCGCUGUUUCCAUGGCGACCAGCUGAUACCUCUUCCUGCCCUCUAGUGUGCAAUUGGGUGUUGCCUCAGUUUCCUCCCAGCUCAGCUUUAUUAGAUCAAAGCUGCUUUUGGGCACCAAGUUGGCCACCUCAAUCACCAGCCAAGAUGGUUGCUUUGUCCACCAGAGGUCAAGUCACCGCUCUGGUGCUGUAGUUCCCAGCUCCUUCCUGGUUUUUGUAAUCGCUCCUUCUGGGGAACAGGAAGUUGAUAUUGCCAUGGUGGCGGGGUCUGCCGUCACCUCACUAGUUUUACUGUAAAAGGGAAAUUUGAACAACAAAAACCAAAAAAAAUAAUAAAAAUAAAAAACUUCAAAAGUUGA